GCGGGACCUGCCCUCCCGUCGCCAUUUUUCGGUCUCGUACUCGCACUUCUAGUGGCUCGGGUGAGGGGGGGGAAGAGCAGAAAUAAGGGAAAGUAUAACAUUUAGAAUCGGUAAACCGGGAUCCCUCUUAAGAAGCCAGGAAUGCACGCGAGAGCUACAGCAUAACGUACUGGCACCUGAGAAGAUGCACGCGCAGGUCGCUGUAGUAAAAUAAUUGUUGGUGUGAAGACGUGUUGCGGGCCGCCAUUUUUUUGCUGUGCUGCCUCAAAAGUCUGCUCCGACUCGAGAAAGGGGAUUCAAAAACGCAUUUCCAUGACGUGUGCCUCACCGUAAGACCAAGAAGAUACAAACUAUCAUUUCGUUUCCGACCCGCGGCUACUGGCGACAUUUUUUGCCGACAUGAGGAUUUAUCAGAUGAAAAACUGAGGCCACCUUUUCCGUUCUCAUUACUGGCACUGACUGGAGGAGAUACAUUAUUAGAACAGUAGCCCGGUGUUUUUCUCGAAAAGCGGAACGAAAAAGGGAAGCUUCAUUGAUCAUUUGUUGCUUCGCUCUCCGUCGAUGUUUGUCUGUCAGGUCUCCGGACCCUGCAGCGUUUGUGCAGAAAUCACUCGAAAACCUCACAGGACGACGAAUUCCCUGCCCUGCAUCUUCCAAAUCCUCAUAUUUGCUGUGAUUGGCCAAUUCCAACCAGCAUACACGUUUUAACUUAUUGUCUAGACAGUUUUGUAAUCUUUUUUUCUUAUUUGUAACGUUAGACUAAUAUUAACUUAUUUUGAACAGAAAUGUCAACUGCUCGGUUUGAUUCAGCUGAUCGGUCCGCCUGGUAUUUUGGACCCGUGUCACGACAAGAGGCACAGAAUAGGUUACAAGGACAGAGACAUGGCAUGUUUCUUGUUCGAGACUCUUCGACCUGCCCUGGCGACUACGUGCUGUCAGUAUCUGAAAACUCCAAAGUAUCUCACUAUAUCAUCAACUCUUUGCCCAGCAAGAGGUUUAAGAUAGGUGACCAAGAGUUUGAGCACCUCCCUGCUCUCCUGGAGUUCUACAAAAUCCACUACCUGGAUACGACCACGCUGAUAGAGCCAGCCCCCAGGUACCCAAGCACAGUGAGCGGACCCAUCCAGCCCAUGGGUGGCACAGAGGAGAACCUGGAGUAUGUGCGGACUCUAUAUGACUUCACUGGCAGCGAUGCAGAGGACCUUCCCUUCAAGAAGGGGGAGAUCCUUAUUAUCCUGGAGAAGCCAGAGGAGCAGUGGUGGAGCGCCAAGAGUAAAGAGGGACGUGUCGGGAUGAUCCCUGUGCCCUAUGUGGAAAAAUUGGUACGACCCUCACCUCAUCCUGGCCAGCCUUCCUAUGGAUCUCGCAACUCCAACAGCUAUGGGAUCCCUGAGCCCUCCCACGCCCUUGUCCAUGCCUAUGCCCAGCCCCAGACACCAUCGCCAUUGCCCCCUGGCACACCUGGAGCAGUUAUCGCCCCUCUACCGUCCCUGCAAAACGGCCCCGCCAUGGCAAAGGCCAUCCAGAAACGAGUGCCAUGCGCCUACGACAAAACAGCUCUUGCUUUAGAGGUUGGUGACAUCGUCAAGGUUCUACGGAUGAACAUCAGCGGUCAGUGGGAGGGCGAGGUGAAUGGACGGAGGGGUCUCUUCCCAUUCACCCAUGUCAAAAUCAUAGACCCCCAGAAUCCAGAUGAGAGUGACUGACCCAAGAGUUCGACUGAACCUUCUCGCCAGAAUCGACCUGUACCUGAAUCUGCUGGCCGUCUCCACCUUUCCUGCCAGUGUCACCACGGUUACGUGCUUGCCUGCUUGGGGCUGUACCAUGAUAGCGACCCCUCUGUUGUUGCCAACCGUUGCAAGGCUUUCUGACUGUUUACAGCUUUGGACAUUGGAUCCAAACUAAAAACCUGACCCCACUUCUCCCAGUUCCCUUUCCUAUGACUUGGUUCCAGACUGGGCAGUGUUUUUUUUUUUUUGCAUUUGUGUCCUUUUCAUUUCCAGAUCACUGGGCAUCAGUGUGAGUGUGUAUGUGUGUGCGUAUGUAUAUGUGCGCGUAUGUAUAAGUGCGUGUGUGUGUGUUCACAAUAGAUAUUUACCACAAAACACACACGUCUGUUCUUUUUUUUUUUUUUCUCAAUAUUUGUUACAUUUGAAGUCUUGGGGACUUAAGAAAGUGUUGGUGUUUGUUUUGUUGAUGUGACUACAUUUGUACGAAGUAGGGAUCAGUAAUUUCCCUAUGGAGUUGGGAGAGCACUGAGGCACUGAGGAGCUUAUAGUGCGUUCCAUUUACUCGAACUCGGAAGCCGGAGCUGGGAAUGACGUCACACCCGAGUUGAAUGCGUUUUUCAUUUAUCAUUUACAAGUUGGAUUUUUCAUUGUGGGGUUAGCUCUAGCCAGGUUAGCCAUUGUUAGCAAUACCAGUUGAUAGCGGCGCAUUACGCUGUUUUUGCAUUCAAACAGCAUAAAGACUUUGACCUCGGAAAAUCCGACUUCCGAGUACAAAUGGAACGCAUUAUAACCAGCCAGUCCAAUGUUAUUCUCCAAACAAUCAAGUCACUGUUGUACCUAAACCAUCUCACACACACACACACACACACACACACACACACACACACACACACACACACACACACACACACACACACACACACGUACUGGUCAUGAGUUAUUCAGGUUGACAGGUUUUUUAUGUGAUGUGUGACUGGAGUCAGGAGAAAGCAGGAGACAUGGGUUUGUGGAGGAUCUAGGUUGUACUGUGACAUUAUAGAUCCCAUGAUCCCAUCCACUCUUCAAAAUUAUUUAUCUGUUAAUAAGACAUGACACGGCCAUAUGUGAUUUCAUCUUUUUCUUAUUUGUGCCACAUGAUCAACAGUAGUGUUUUUUUUUUUGUUGUUUUUUAUUUGUGGCUUGGAGAAGAUGUAUGGUAGAGGGAUAACUUUGCAUGUCCACUUGGUACCUCUCUUUACUGUCCUUCACAUUAUUUUGAACGAAAAGGACAUUGCUUAGAGAUUAGCAGGUUUUUAAUGCCAACAGCAUCAAGCACUAGAAGAUAUAUUUCAACGUUCUGCAUAGGAGUGCCAAGCUUUGAACAGGUUUUCAAAAGUCAAAUAGCAAUGGCCGUAGCCCUGGCCCUCACUUCCCACAAGCAUUUGACUACAAGGCUAGCUAAAAAUGCAUUGUCACAGUGUGGGCAUGAGAACUGAAGGCUUUCCACUAAGGUGAGAAACCCCAAUUUCAGGUCAGGGAAGGAGGAAGUGUUUCAGCAAGUCCAUGAGAAUCCCAUCAAUGCCUUUUUCAGAGAGUAAGCUAAAUGCAUAUUUUAGCGCAUGCAAUCCCCUCUCUCACCUAAUAUUUGGUCUCUGCACAAUUGUUGUCUCUCUUUAUGCAAACCGGCUCUAUCAGAGUAGUGGAAAGCGUCUUUGUUCCUAAUGUGCUGCAACCAAUUUGACCAGUAGAAGUCAAGGAUUAAACAGUUGUGCAAACAGUGCUGAUGCCUAGAUUUCUGCUGUAAAAAAAAGUUGGAGGUGUAAUAACAUUUCACCCCGUGUCCCAGCCGUUUACUCGGAGUAAUAUUGUGCAGUUUUAGUUGUAUACCUAUUUUUUUUAUUUUUAUUUUGUCCAUUUAUAGUCUGCUAGUAAAUCAAGCAUUUCUGUUAAAAUGAAUAAUGUUAUUAAAAAAAAAAAGUACCUACGGUGACAUUUACAAAAGGGAAAAUGCCUGCUGGUUGCCUCUGUGCAUGACCUCUUGGCCAGGGAGAUUGUUUUCCCUGGCCAAAUGCUGCUUAAUGUCAUUUAUUUCCUUAUUAAAUAAAGGUUUCUCUUAUUUUAAUCCCUACUCGUCUGUGCAAACAAACCAGUGUGGGUUUUCCUCAUCAAACUUGAUGAAAUUACUAAUUAAGCAAUACACCCUGAUUAUUUCCUUUCUUGAAGUGAACUUGCUUUUCUCAUGCUUCUGAGUUGUUUUGUAUUGGCAUUAACAGUAUUACUGUGUUCUCUUCUCAUAUUCUAGGAAAACCUGUCUUUUACUUAAGAAUUGAAAAUUGUGCCUUUUAUUUUCUUAUACCAUUUACAUGUGUUAAUAUUUCCCAUGGUUAACACCUGUGCUGGUAUUGACCCCUUAUGUACAGAACGAGUAAAUAAAAUUUACGUCUACUUCUUUAA